UCUCCUGCCCGUCUUCUCUGCAAGGACGGAUACGUACUUCUAACUCCUUAGAAACGCUACCGCGAACCUCAAGCUCUGAAAGUCCUCACCUAAAAUCAUGAUCUUACCCCUCCUGUCCUGAUCCCAGCAUCUCUCGAACUUGGCUUCUUUCCCGCUCGCGAAAAUUACCCUCAUUCCUCAGAUAAAUGUCAGCACCAUCCACCCACUUUUCUCAAACUCCAACUUUGGAGUCCCCCUCGUUGGCCAAAUCCCGCCUGCGAGGCGGAGCGGAGGACGUCCUGAGCCCUGGGGCCGAUCCAGGAAGAGAAACCCGCGCAGCCCCGCCACGCGCGCCGGGAGCUCGGAGCGGGCGGUGCGGGGCUGGGCCCGCCCAGGGCGGCGCCCGGAACCCGGGAACCCGGAGCCGGGAGCGCCCGGAAAGCGGAAGCACCGGGGCGGGCAGCGCCCGAGGUCAGCGCCGGAGACGCCGGACCCCGGAGACCGAGAAGCCGGAGCCAGGAGCGCCCGUGUUCAGCGCCAGGAGAGCCCCGAGCGGGACGGAUCCUCUGGCAGGAUGACCGUGGGCAUCUUUGAAGAUUGUACCUUCUGCUUGAAAGUCAAACACUUACCUCGUCAACAGAAGAGGAAGUUACAAACUGACAUUAAGGAGAAUGGUGGAAAUUUCUCCUUUUUAUUAAACGCUCAGUGCACACAUGUGAUCUUAGACAACGCUGAUGUUCUGAGCCAGUACCAACUGAACUCUCUCCAGAAGCACCAUAUCCAUAUCACCAACCCAGAGUUUAUAUGGGAAUCUAUCAAGGAAAGGAAACUGGUGGACGUAAGAAAUUAUGACCCCUUAAAGUCAGUGGGCAUCGCGCCACCUCCUUGUCAAAAGGCAAGCAGCUCCGAAGUGAAAACCGUUGAUCCAUCCCUGGACAGUUCCCCGGAGAAGGACGACGUGGCCCUCACCGAGUUUUCUACGGAGAAUGCUGAAAUUCCUCAUUUUCCUCAAGAUUUCGAAGUAGCAAAAUAUAACACCUUGGAAAAAGUGGGGCCGCAGGGAAGCUCGGAGACGGCGGUGGUGGAGCUGUGGUGCACAGGGCCCCCCGGGGAGCGCAUCUUCCUGACGUCCGCUCGCUUCCUCCUCGCAGACGGCACAGAGACGAGGCGGCCGUUCUCUGUUCAGAAAAGCUCUGAAGACGCGAGUCAGCGCUAUGAGCGAUACGUGGAAGAGCUGCAGGAACAAGGGUUUCUACUCCGAGAACAUUUUACACCCGAAGCAACCCAGUUAGCAUCCGAAAAACUGCAAGCAUUGCUCUUGGAGGAGGUAAUACCUUCGAGCUCGCUGAGCCAGGAGGUGAGCGGUUUGGUGGAGAUGAUUUGGGCAGAAGCUCUGGGCUGCCUGGAGCACACGCUGCUCAAACCUGUGAACAGGAUGAGCCUCAACGACGUGAGCAAGGCGGAGGGGGUGCUCCUUCUAGUCAAGACGGCCGUGAAAAAGGGAGAGACAGCGGAACAUCUGCACAAGAUGAUGAGCGAGUUCUACAGGUUAAUUCCUCACAAAGACGUCCCAGCCGAGCCCGUCACCCUGCGGCUGGUGGCUCAGAAAGAGGACCUGUGCCAGCUAAUAAGAGACAUGGUUAGUGUCUGUGAAACUAAUUUGUCCAAACCCAACCCACCGUCUCUUGCCAAAUACCGAGCUUUGAGAUGCAAAAUUGAGCUGGUUGAGCCCAACACUGAAGAAUUUUCCAGAGUCAAGGAAGAGGUGUUGCGGAAUGAUCACAGAAAGAGUCCCGUGAACAUCCUGCAGAUAUUCCGCGUUGGCAGAGCGAGUGAAGCGGCAGAGUUUCUGAGCCAGCUGGGCACCGUGAGGCGCUUGCUGCACGGGUCACCUGCCCAGAGCUUCGUGGGGAUCCUGUCCCGCGGGUUGCUUCUGCCCAAAGUAGUUGAAGAUCGUGGCGUGAAAAGGACAGAUGCUGGAAAUCUCGGGAGUGGAAUAUAUUUCAGCGAUUCCCUCAGCACAAGUAUCAAGUACUCGAGCCCAGGAGCCACGGACGGCACCCGGCUGCUGGUGGUCUGUGAUGUGGCGCUGGGCAAGUGCGUGGACUUGCAUGAGAAAGACUUGUCCUUGACGGAAGCCCCGCCGGGUUACGACAGCGUCCACGGGGUUCGAGGGACAGCCAGCGUCACCUCGGACUUUGAGGAUGAUGAGUUUGUCGUAUAUAAAACCAAUCAGGUUAAAAUGAAAUAUGUUAUUAAAUUUUGUAUACCUGGAGAUGAAAUAAAGGACUUUCAUCCUGGUGAUAAUACGGAAUUAGAGGAACACACACCUGAGAUUUCACAUUUUUCGAAGGUUGAAGAUCUCCAGUUACCAGACACCGACCCGCUCGGCCACGUCAAGGCCGGCCUCCAGGACCCGUCUGGGAAUUCAGUUCCCCUGGAGGAUGUUCAUAUCAGGGGGAAAAUCAUAGACUUUGUAGCCCAGGUCAUUGUUUUUCAAACAUACACAAACCAAAGUCCUGUGCCCAUUGAGGCAAAAUACGUCUUUCCCCUGGACGACAAGGCGGCGGUGUGCGGUUUCGAAGUGUUCAUCAACGGGAAGCACUUUGUGGGAGAGGUGAAGGAGAAGGAAGCAGCUCACCGCGAGUACGGAGAGGCAGUCAGUCAAGGUCACGGCGCAUACCUGAUGGACCAGGAUGCACCGGACAUUUUCACCGUCAGUGUUGGCAACUUACCCCCUAAGGCUAAGGUCCUGAUCAGAAUCACCUACAUCACGGAGCUCAGCCUGCAAGGCGCCUGCGCUGCCUUCUUCCUACCGGCCACCGUGGCCCCCUGGCAGCAGGACAGAGCUGUGAAUGAAAACACUCAGGAUACGGUCGAGAAGAUUUGUAUAAAGGAAAUAGGAACACAGCAAAGUUUUUCUCUGACUCUGUCUAUUGAGAUGCCACACCUGAUUGAAUUCAUCUCCAGUGACACCCACCAACUGAGACAAAAGAGAACGGAUUGCAAAGCUGUAAUUAGCACGGUCGAAGGUAGCUCCCUGGACAGCAGUGGAUUUUCUCUCCGCAUUGGUUUGCUCGAUGCGUGUCUUUCAAGGAUGUGGGUUGAAAAACAUCCAGAAAAAGAAAGUGAGGCCUGCAUGCUGGUCUUUCAGCCAGACCUUGGCAGCAUCCCCCCCGAGCAAGCCGAGCGGAGCGAAGUGGUCAUUUGUCUCGACUGCUCCAAUUCCAUGGAGGGCGAGACUUUCUCGGAAGCCCAGCGGAUCGCCCUGCACGCGCUGUCCUUGGUGGGGCAGCCGUGGAGGGUGAACAUCGUCAGGUUUGGCACAGGUUACAAGGAGCUGUUUUCAUACCCCAAGUGCAUCACGAGCAGCAGCACAGCGUCCGAGUGCAUCAGGUCCGCUACGCCCACCAUGGGAAACACAGAGCUCUGGAAGGUGCUCUGGCAUCUAAGUUUGCUCCCGCCUGCUCGCGGGCUGCGGAACGUCCUCCUGAUCUCAGACGGGCACCUGCAGCACGAGAGCCUGACCCUGCAGCUCGUGAAGAGGAACGCCCAGCACACCAGGCUGUUCUCCUGCGGCGUCGGUUCCACAGCAAACCGUCAUAUCUUAAGGACUUUGUCCCAGUAUGGUGCUGGAGCAUUUGAAUAUUUUAACUCAAAAUCCAAACACGGUUGGAAAAAACAGAUAGAAGACCAGAUGGCUAGAUUGCGUUCUCCGAGUUGCCACGCAGUCUCCAUCAAGUGGCAGCAGCUGAGCACAGGGGCACCUGCGCCCCUGCAGGCCCCAGCCCAGGUGCAGGCCUUGUUCCACAAUGACCGGCUCCUCGUCUAUGGAUUUAUUCCUCACUGCACACAGGCAACUCUGUGUGCAAUAAUUCAAGACAAAAAGUAUUCUACCGUGGUGUCAACUACUGAACUUCAGAAGACAACGGGAACAAUGAUUCACAAGCUGGCAGCUCGAGCUCUGAUCAGAGACUACGAAGACGGCGCUCUCCACGAAGACGAAACGCAUCACGAGAUGAAGAAACAAACCUUAAAAUCUCUGAUUAUUAAACUCAGUAAAGAAAACUCCCUCCUCACACAGUUUACAAGCUUUGUGGCAGUUGAGAAAAGGGAUGGUAACGAGUCACCCUCUCCUCACAUUCCAAAUAUUUCGGAACUUAUUGCCAAAGAAGACGUAGAUUUUCUGCCGUACAUGAGCUGGCAGAAGGAGCAACCAGAUACCAGCAUGGUACAGCUUCUUUCAGCGUCCUCUGAAAGCAACGACGAAUUCAAACCGAAACGUCUGUCUAAGAAAAAACUUAAGCUGCAAGAAUCUGCGGGCUUCGCAGCGGGUAACUUCCAAGGCAGAACGGCGUUCUCGGCGAGCCGCGUGGCGGAGCUGCCGCUGGACUUCUGUCGGAUGGAGGCGUUUGAACCAACGGGAGUGGAGCCGCUGUUUCCACCAAUGGGUGCGGCCAGCGCUUCUGCCGCCCCUCGCGGGCCGCGUAUCCUCCGCGCCCCGGCUCUGGAUUCGGCCCCGGGCGGGGCGCCCGGCUCUCUCUUCGGCUCCCCUCCGCGUCCCCUUGAGCUGGACGGGGCGCCCCACGUCUUCCUGGGCCUUGCCGCCUCCACGCCGCCGCCCAGGAUCCACCUUGGGCGAGUCGGGGCUGCCUUCCGGGCCGGUGCUGCCUUUGGCUCCACCCGCAGCGCCCGCGCCCCGCCCGCGCCCCCGCUCCUCCCGGGCGCCUCUCCUCUUCCGCGUCCAACGCCCCCAGCUCUCUGGGGUGCCCGUGACCUCUUCCUCUUCGCUCGGCGAGAUUGCUCUCCUCCAGGCCCCGCAGCAGCUCCUCUGAGCCCCAGCUACUCCCUUCCCCCUCCCCUUCCCGGGUCCCCGGCUGUUCUUCCUCCUCCCCCUCCCCUUCCCGGGUCCCCGGCUGGUCCUCCUCCCCCUCCCCUUCCCGGGUCCCCGGCUGUUCUUCCUCCUCCCCCUCCCCUUCCCGGGUCCCCGGCUGGUCCUCCCCCUCUCCCUCUCCUUCCCGGUUCCCCUUCUCUUCCUCCCACUCCAGCUCCUGAGAGCGCCUAUUACCGGCUGUCAGGACCUCCAUCCUCCCCUGCUCUCGGUGGAAGGGGCCCUGCUUCAACCCGAGGUAUUCCCACUGGAACUUCAGCGCUAGGUUCCUGCCCACGCAGCCCUUCACUCCAGGGAAGUUUUGCAACAGCAAGUGACAAAACACCAAAACUUCGGGCACAUAGCCUUUUUUUUGAAAGGAUGGCAAAAUGUUACCGAAGUGACUUGACCCCAGGCUUUCAGGCACAAAACGAGGAGGCUGGCUUAGUAGGCAAAGAAAGCUGGAGGAAGGCUGUGCCUUGGAGUCAACUCUUCAGUCUACAGACUGAGGAUGGCUGCUGGAAACUUACACCAGAACUAGGAUUUAUAUUAAAACUUAAUACAGAUGUUUUAAGCAACUUUCUUGAACAAAAAGGCAUUCGAUCUCUAGGCGUAAGAGGGAGAGAGUGCCUUCUGGACCUGCUGGCCACGUUCCUGGUGCUGCAGCUCCUCCGCGCCCAGAUGGAGCAGGACGGAAUCGUCUUCAAGUCACUGAUGAGACUGGAUGAUGCUUCCGUUUCCAGGCGUAUUCCCUGGGAUUUUGAGAAAAUAAAGAAAGCAAGUGAAUGGCUAAGAAGAACUGAAGGACAGUACCCGUCAAUCUGCCAGCGGCUGGAGCUGGGCAAAGACUGGGACACGGCCACCAAACAGCUGCUGGGCAUCCAGCCCUUACACACCACCUCCCCACUUUACAGGCUUCUUCAGUAUAGUCAAGGCUGAAUCACAUCAAGUAUUUUAAACUUUUUUCAUGCUUCUAUGUAUCCAGUACGCAGAUAGUAACAGAUAUCUAUAAUGAAAUCUAAUUAUGAUUUUAUUCAGUAUAGCAAUCCCUUUAAAAUGAAUGGGAGCAGUCUGUUGUUUUAAUGUACAAACAAGCAAUUAUCAAAUAAAAAUUCCAAUACUACAGGCUCUUUUUUUUUUUUUUUUUAACUGCACCUGCAACAUCCAGAAGUUCCUAGACCAGGGAUCAAAACCGUGCCACAGCAGUGACAAUGCCAGGCCACCAAGGAACUCCCAUUACAGACGUUUUUGGGUUUGAAUGUUUUAAGGUGAUGAGAGAGACGUGUUGGCAUGGUCUUGAAAGCUUAUUUCCUUCUCCCCUCUCAGGGGUCUGGUAGGGUGCUGGCCCAGCCAGACUGACCAAGCUGCGAGGAGUUAAGGACUUUGUCCAUGGCCACGUUUCUGGCUUCAAGCCUGUUUCGGGGCUCCAGGUGUCCAGCCUUGGCCCUGGCUGAGCACACAUCCUUCUGUGGACCCUUGUCUGCAGAUCCCUGGACACCUCUCAUUGCUUAGAGCAACUAGGUGCCCCAAGCAAUUCUUCCAUGGCUCUUGCUUUUGGUCUUGAAUCUAAAAAUCUCAUCACCAGGGAGCUCACGUUACGGCUCAGCAGUUACGAAUCCAUGAGGACUCAGGUUCGAUCCCUGGCCUUACUCAGUGGGUUAAAGGAUCUGGUGUUGCUGUGAGCUGCUGUGUAGGUUGCAGAUUUGCAGAUGUGGCUUGGAUCUGUCGUUGCUGUGGCUGUAGCAUAGGCCAGCGGUUACAGCUCUGAUUUGAUCUCUAGCCUGGGAACUUCCAUAUGCCGCAGAUGCGACCCUCAAAAAAAUAAAAUAAGUAAACAAGUAAAUACAUAAAUCUAAAACAGGCUUGUUACAUCUUUACUGGCCAAAUUGUUACCAACCAGGGUUCUUAGCCUUCCUUAAUCAAUAGAAAUUGAGAAGAAGCCAGACAAGAAAUGGCUUUACCAGGGCUCUGGAUGCAGCAGGGGGAGAGAAAUCAGUACCCGUUUCCUCGCUAGCUGAGAGCGUGCAGCUGGAUCCUUCUAUGAGGAGAGGGUCAGGCGGGUCCGGGGCUCUGGUCAGGGGGUCGCUUAGGGGGUCUGCCCACCCCUUUGGUGGCAGUGUGUGCAGGGGGCUUGCAUUGUGCACUGCUUUUGCUCCUGGCUCUUCAGGAUUGGCAGUUAGUCUUUUUGUACUUUCCAUACUUUGCAUACUUUCCAUACUUUGCCUUAACUGCGCAUGUACACAGUUAUUUUUCGUCGCUCACGGCUUCUUUGUAUUUUGUUGCUGGAGAAAACGUUUGUCAAGGUGCAAGCACUGCCCUCAAGGGUCCAGGUCCCAGGUCCCAGCCUGUCUCAAAAUCAGUCUGCUCUUGGCCUUGGCUGCUUGUUUGCUUGACAUAAUUACAGAAGGCAAAUGAGAUACUUCCGGACCUUGUUACUCAAAAUGUAUACCAAUAAAACCAAGUUUUGCAAUAUUUAUCAAAA